UACAUUUUCUCAGUCACGCUCGUAAAGGCGUGUAGACCGGUCGCUAACUGGUUUAGUUUUUAAAUUACCCACCAAAAAAGAUUAUUAACUACCGCCUAAAACAGAUUUUAUACUGUGAAAUGAGAUAAGUUUAGUUUUAAAGUAAAAAUGAUUUAUAAAAUUGCAUUUUGUUUGUUGUUGUGUGUUUUUUCGAACGGAGCAGACGAGGGCGAAGUUUGCAACAAGAAUGGGACUCCAGGAGUGUGCAUUAACAUCAAGGACUGCAAAUCUGCCAGGGAAGACUUGAGGAACAAGAAAUUCCCUCAGAUCUGUUCUUACAUCGGGUCUGACCCAGUGGUGUGCUGCGUCGACAAUGCUCCUCCUCCUCCACCACCAACCACCACCACCACCACCACCACAACCACCACUAGUCGACCACCAGUCAUCACCACUAACAGACCCCCAAACAACGGCCCCUCGACCCCCUACAUCCCCGUGUAUGACUACGUCAACAACGACGGCUCCCCGUCCGGUUGUGAGCCGCUGUCACCCAAGCUGACCUCCCCCAAGAUUGGACAGAAGGCCUUUGACAAAUGCGUGGAGUACCAGCAGUCUCUCAUCUACCCGUGCAAGAAGGGAGUGGCGCUGAUCGGCGACUUCACCAGGGCUCACCAGUGCCACCACAACGCCGAAGACCUGAUCAUCGGCGGGGACCCGGCGAAGAAGGACGAGUUCCCGCACAUGGUCCUCCUCGGCUUCGGCAACGACAUAGCCACCGUCCAGUUCCAAUGCGGCGGCUCCCUCAUCAGCGAACAGUUUGUGCUCACCGCGGGACACUGCACCGUCAGCAGGGAAGGCGGUCCAGUAACAUAUGCGCUCAUGGGCGCCCUCAAGCGGUCGGACCCCAUCAACAACGACCUGCUGCGGCGCGUCAAGCGAUACAUCCCCCAUGAUGACUACAAGCCGCCCCAUAGGUACAACGACAUAGCGCUGGUUGAGUUGGAAUCCCCGGUCAAGCUCUCCCAGUUCCUGGUGCCCGCGUGCGUUCACGCCGGGGACUCGCCUGAGGACCGAGUGCUGGCCACGGGAUGGGGCCUCACCGAGCAUAGGGGGUCCACGUCUGAUGUCUUACAGAAGGUGAUUCUGAACCAGUUCACGACUGAGGAGUGCUCAGUCAAGUUCCCCGUUCACCGCCACAUGAAGCAGGGCUUCGACCCCAACACGCAGACCUGCUACGGGGACAAGAUGGAGCGCAAGGAUACCUGCCAGGGCGACAGCGGCGGCCCCAUCCAGCUCAAGAGCAAGAAACUCCACUGCAUGUAUGUGGUGACAGGAGUGACGUCAUUCGGGAAGCAGUGCGGGAACAAGGGCGAGCCGGGGAUCUACACGCGCGUGGCGCACUACGUGGACUGGAUCGAGGGGAUCGUGUGGCCCAACUAAGGACCCAGAGAACGGAGCUCAAAACUUUAAUUACUAACAGCCUUAAUAAGUAAAGUAAAAUAAAAAAAACUAGAUUAUGUUUCAUUGUCAGAAAAGAAAGAAUACCAUUUAUAC